CCCCGCCCCCUCCCCACUCCACUCCACCCCCUCUCCACCCUUGCACUCCCUCCCCUCCGCCUUUAUUCCCUCUCGUCCCCAGUUCAUAUCGUUUCGCAACUGCUCGCCUCCUGCCCCGUGGCUGGCUGAGUUUUUUCUCUCUCCCCCCACCCCAAUUUCUGGCACCUCUUCUAUAAUACUUUCCCCCCCUCCUCCAAUUGGGGAGUGGGGGUGGGAGAGAGGGAGGGUGGAGCGUCCAGAGCCAGAGAAGAAAUAGAAGGAAGAGGGAGCAGCAGGAUUAUUCGAUUGUGGAGAGGGGACCCCGCGCCACCCUUUCUUCCCCAUUACACCCUUCCUACCUUCCCUUCCCCUCCCCCCCAAGUCCCGAUCCAGCCACUUUCGGACAAGAAAAGUGAAGGAAGGCGGCUCGGGGGUGACAGCGACACGGGGGCCAGUCCCAGGCCAGCAGCGGCACCUCCCGUCCCGUCUCAUCCUCCUCCCUCCUCGACAGGAGCCAGCCCGGACCUAUGAUGGCUUCAACUACAACCUGCACCAGGUUCACGGACGAGUAUCAGCUUUUCGAGGAGCUUGGAAAGGGGGCAUUCUCAGUGGUGAGAAGAUGCAUGAAAAUCCCUACAGGACAAGAAUAUGCUGCCAAAAUUAUCAACACCAAAAAGCUUUCUGCUAGGGAUCACCAGAAACUGGAAAGGGAAGCUAGAAUCUGUCGUCUUUUGAAGCACCCUAAUAUUGUGCGACUCCAUGACAGCAUAUCUGAAGAAGGAUUCCAUUACUUAGUCUUUGAUUUAGUCACAGGCGGUGAGCUCUUUGAGGAUAUAGUGGCAAGAGAAUAUUACAGUGAAGCAGAUGCCAGUCAUUGUAUACAGCAGAUUCUAGAAAGCGUAAAUCAUUGUCACCUAAAUGGCAUAGUUCACAGGGACCUGAAGCCUGAGAACUUGCUUUUAGCUAGCAAAUCCAAGGGAGCAGCCGUGAAACUGGCAGACUUUGGCUUGGCCAUAGAAGUUCAAGGAGAUCAGCAGGCAUGGUUUGGCUUUGCCGGCACACCUGGAUACCUUUCCCCAGAGGUGUUACGAAAAGAUCCCUAUGGAAAGCCAGUGGAUAUGUGGGCAUGUGGUGUCAUUCUCUAUAUUCUCCUGGUGGGGUACCCUCCUUUCUGGGAUGAAGACCAACAUAGACUCUACCAGCAGAUCAAGGCUGGAGCGUAUGAUUUUCCAUCACCAGAGUGGGACACUGUGACUCCUGAAGCCAAAGACCUUAUCAAUAAAAUGCUUACUAUCAAUCCUGCCAAACGCAUUACUGCAUCUGAGGCACUGAAACAUCCAUGGAUCUGUCAACGUUCUACUGUCGCUUCUAUGAUGCACAGACAGGAAACUGUAGAUUGCUUGAAGAAAUUCAAUGCAAGAAGAAAGCUGAAGGGUGCCAUUCUCACAACUAUGCUGGCUACAAGAAAUUUUUCAGCAGCCAAGAGUUUGUUGAAGAAAGCAGAUGGAGUAAAGAUCAACAGCAAAACCAACGUGGUAACCAGCCCCAAAGAAAAUAUUCCUACCCCAGCGCUGGAGCCCCAAACUACCGUAAUCCACAACCCUGAUGGAAACAAGGAGUCCACUGAGAGUUCCAAUACAACCAUUGAAGAUGAAGAUGUAAAAGCUCGUAAGCAAGAGAUUAUCAAAGUCACUGAGCAACUUAUUGAAGCAAUCAACAAUGGGGACUUCGAAGCUUACACAAAGAUAUGUGACCCGGGUCUCACUGCUUUUGAACCAGAAGCUUUGGGUAAUUUAGUGGAAGGAAUGGACUUUCAUCGAUUCUACUUUGAAAAUGCUUUGUCCAAAAGCAAUAAGCCAAUCCACACCAUCAUUCUGAACCCUCACGUCCAUCUGGUAGGCGAUGAUGCUGCCUGCAUAGCAUACAUCAGGCUCACGCAGUAUAUGGAUGGCAGUGGGAUGCCAAAGACUAUGCAGUCAGAAGAGACCCGAGUCUGGCACCGCCGCGAUGGAAAGUGGCAAAAUGUUCAUUUUCACCGCUCGGGUUCACCAACAGUACCCAUCAACUAAAAAUCAACAGUGCCACUUCUGCAUUCUCUGUUUUCAAGGCACCUGGAUGGUAACCACCCGGGCGGGCCUGUCUUCCUCUUCAUGCAUGUUUCCAAAUGCAUGAAGCUGUGAUGGUCCUACCUGUACCAAUGCAUUUGUGAUGCAUCAUUUUGUCAUACUCUUCCAUCUCAAUGUUUUCAUUUGCACUCUAUCGAAGGGGAUGUUUUGUGCAAAUUAAAACCAAUGUCAGCAAACAAGGGGAGGGGUGGGGGGAGCAAGAGAAAACACCACAACCACAUGUUCUGAACAUAGUACAAGCAUCGUUUUUCUGUUUAUGCCAAGUUUUAACAGCCUUCAGAGCUAUCGGUCUUUAAAAAAUAGUUUAUAAAAGAAAUGUUCAUAAAAAAAAAGUCUAUGCCAUAUCUAUCUGUUUCAGUUUGUUUAAAAAAAAUCAAAGGCAAAAAAAAUCUCUUCAGUUUUCUGUUGUGGUCAUGGUUGAAAUGAAUGAUAUUUUUGUCAGUGGCUUUUGGAUUGAGACAACUAUGUGGACGAAAUCAGUGAUGAAUGUGGAAACAAAAAUGUGCUGGCUGGGUAUCAGCCUAAGCCAUUUUUUGUUCUUGAUCAAGCUGUGUAAACUGGAAAAACUCACAUCACUUACUGGCUUGAUCUCCCUACGAUACACUUCCUCUCUUCUGCUUAAUCAGCUGUGUCUGUUGCUUCUUCCUCAAGUCUGCACCCUCUGAUCUCUUUUCCUUUGGGCUGAGGAUUUGUAGUUAGUGAGAAAAAGUCUAAAGGCAACAUGAGGUGAAAAAAAUAGGGACUUAGGGAAAGAGGUAAAGCAGAGAGCUUUAGAGCACUUUCAGGGUGUACAGAAAUUUUAUUAGAGAAUUCUAGAUUUUUUUUAACAUUGGUUAUACUCUAGAUUGGGCUUAGAUGUUCUAAAUCUUUUAGAAAAAAAUAAUAUAUAUAUAAUAUAAUAUAUAUAUAUAGGCUUUUAAAAAGCUGAAGAUGAAAAGUUAUAAGCUCCUGUUUGAGUGACUCAAUUUCUUACUUAUCUGGAUAAUUAUCACAAUCAUACCAGGACCUCUAAGAGUUUAGCACAAUCACUGUGUGCACACACGGCUCCCUUAGUACCCCGCUGAGCAUGCUGAGUGGCGGGGACUCCACCUUCUCUAACAUCACUAGUUAUUUUUCUAUGACUACUGAGCUCUAGAAAAUAAGCAGGGAAAUGUUUUCCGUGUUGAUACACAUCUUACAGCCUGUUCCUUGCAAUUUGACCUUCUCCAUUGUAGUUUCUGAAAGCAGAGUUUUUCAGCCUAAAACAAAAACAAAAACAAAAAAAAUGGGGGGGGGGGAUUGGAAUGCAGUUGCCUGGAGGGUGGGGUCGAGGGUGGACUGGGCAGGGAGCAAAGUAUCAGUCUUCUUCUUUGCCCCUCCUCCUGCAGAGCUUUCUUCCUUUCCUGUCUAGUGCAUGCUAUCUCCACUGCCUUUUUUUUUUUUUAAGCAAUUCACAACCCUCUGCAACCUGUUUUUAAAACUGAAGAGGAAAACUUCCUGAUUUGUAUCAUUUCCCUUUUCUGUGUCGGUUGCUAAUCCAAGCAAUCUUUUAUGCCCUUAGAUGUUGUUACUAGUGGAUGUGUGGUAGAUGGAUUGAAGCUUUUCUGAUCAUUAUUACAUAACUUAAAAUGAUAUAUAUUUAAAAUACACAUAUAAAGUAAAUGUAUUGAGCCAUGUUAACCUGCCAAUGAGAUCUGUGAAAAAAAAAGUAACGGCCUCUUUUUUCCCUCUCUUAAAUUUCCAUCACUUUUUUUUUUUUUUUGUGAAACGGCUGUAAGUAGCAUCAGUGUAUUUUAAAACAUGUGUAGAGUGGUGGGUUUAUUUGUUUUGGGGUUUUUUUUUUUUUACACUUUAACAUAGCAUGUGGUGUUGAAAUGUUACUGUAGUUCAAGUUUAUCUUCCACACCAAGGUGUGAAGAAAUUGUGAUUCGUUCUCUCCACCACAAUCAAAUUAUAUAUGUAUCUCCUGUUAUUUUGAAACACUGCAAUUUACCAUGGGACACUGUAUAUAUUUCUUGCCAUAAUGGUAAAUGACUGAUUGAUAUAUUUAAGAAUUAAUAAAUUUGUGAUUUCUGCUGACAA